AUGUCACGCCAUGGACCGCCAAUCUCGACUCAAAAUGCUCAGAACAAUGUGGAAACAAAACUAUAUGAUUUUCAUGCGUUUACAAAACUAUCUAGCUGCCACGAGGAUCGACAGCCUUCUCCUGCAUCGCUGUCGCUGAGUAUGAAAUUACCGUCCCGACAGGAAUUAGUUUCGAAGCGACCAUCGUCCGCACAGGAAUUUCGGCAAAAUGACCGAAUUCAGCGAGAGGACCAUCGAGGAAUUUUGAAAGAAACAGCAACUCACUCCUUGCUCGGUCGCGAGCGUCAAAGCGAAUCACCAAACCAGUGGUUUCAGCGCAUUAUGCGCGAAAGAAAUUUGUCACCGCUGGAUUUGUGCGAAAAGUUUUCGACUGGAGACGUUGGUAGAAAACCGUUGGUGUCUUUCGAAAAUGUUUGCGAAGUUCUUUACAAUCUCGAUCCAGAGCCAGCAAACGGUCUAGAUCCUGUUACUGAAGAGAUGGAGGAUUUUUUGUAUCAAUUUACAACUGAGCAAGGUGGAGAGAUUAUGGUGAAUAUUCGUGAUGCUCUUAGAUCUCUUGAUAUCUGGAGAACUCGACCUUCUGUCAUUUCAAAAGUGAGUCUUGAACCACACUUUAAAUUCGACAAAAGAAAACUUCAGAAUACAAACCUACGUUCUAGCAGCCAAUCGAAUUAUGUACAUCAUGUCACCAGCCCUAAAUCGGUCGAUCGUUUGACUAAGACUUCACGGCGUCAAGCAGAUAUAAAGUCAACUAAAGAUCAGAUCUUGCCGGCUACCGAUAAUCCGAACGUCGCAACGACUACCGUUAUUAAAAAUGAUACGGUUUCCAGCUCAAUUUCACAAUUUGUCAAUGACCAUGAACAAGGGCUAGUCGAGAUAGCAAGCAGACUCCAAUUCGCCGGUGUGAAGCAACUAGAAAAUUUGCUGAUCGAAAAUGAUGCUGAGAUGACUGGAUUUAUAAAUGAGCGGCGGCUUAGCGAGAUAUGCAUGGGAUUAAAUUUUGACACAAAAGCUCAGCUUGACUACAAAGAUUUUAUCAAUGUGUUGAUGGAUAUUCUCAUUUAUGCACAACCCGACAUUCGCGAGUCUGUCAAGAAAAAGUCAUUGACUUGUCUUGAUGAGUACUUGAAGAACGGAUUUCCACCGACAAGUGAGAAGGCUCACCUAUUGAUUGAUAAUCUUUGCUCCAAAUAUGACUUCCGAGGUGACCAGUGCAUUCUACUUUUAGAUUUAAUCCGAGUGUUCCAAAAAAAGCUGGUCAAGUAUCACGCUUUGAAGUUACCAUUUCCGCUUGAAAAGCACGAGAUUAUUCAGCUUUCUCAGCCUUUCAUACAUCGUCAUGUAGAUGACACAUUUUUGGGUGAUUGUGUCGCAUAUCAUCAGCUGCUAGAUGCAAUUUUUGGGGGCUCUCUGCUUGCUUCGCAAUUAAUUGAAACAGAACAUACAAAUCGAGCUUUGAAUUGGGAUUUUUGGCGCAACCUUCAUAUGACUUUAUGUGGCUGGGACAUCCGUUUAGAAAAGAAGGUGCGAGCUCAACUUGAAAGAAUCAUGGCGAGACUAGACCCUGGCAAGUCAUAUGCUAUUUCAUAUAAAAACUUCGAGAGAAUAUUUAGUCGACAUUUGACCGCCGAUGAUAUGAAAGUUUUACAAGCAGCUUUGGCUGUACCAAAUGAUGGUAAGGCUGGUUCAAGUUUACGAUAUGAUAUGCUGUUAAGUAUGGUUUUUGGAUCUUUUGAGCUUAAUGACAAUAAAUUUCUCAAACACAUUCGCGUAAAACUUCUGCCUGAACGAGAAAAGAUUGAGUCUUUUAUCAAUGCGAUAGAAAAAAAAUCAGACAAGCUUUCACUUCAGGACUUUCAUGACGCGUUUAUGGUCCAGAAUAACGCAAAUCGACUUACUCUAGCCGAGAUGCUGUUUUUGUUCGCAUCACUUGAGUCCAAAAAGAAUGGAAAAGUUCGUGUAGAAGCAUUGAUAACUUUUUUGGAACGAAAUUGCAGGUUCGAUAGAAAACGUUAUGAGAGGGACACAAACAUGACCGCUCGGCCUCCAAAUACACAUGACUUGAAGUAUUUGAGGAAGAUCAUUGCAGAGUGCUGUCAAAGAUACGAUUUGAGUCGAAAACUUGACAAAGUUAGCCGCAAAACGCAGGGGUGGAUCUCUCAUAAAGAUCUGGUAAAAGAGUUGAGCAAGAUGUUGCACGAAGCGGGUGCCGUCGAUGUCGAUCGGUUUGAUUUGCACGAUUUUGUAAAGAGCAUCGUGCACCGAUCGUCACACAUCAGUGGAAACGCACCAACCUUUUGUCUUCAGAAUGUUAUUAAUUGCGACGCUUUUUUUGAUGCGUUAUUCGAUUGGGAUGCAAUGGUUAGCAGUAUGAGACUUCCAUAUUCUAUAGUCGAAGCGAAUGAAGUUUUCAAGAAGUUCGACAAGUUGCACGAUGGUACAAUACGAAGUGAGGAUUGGAAUAAAGCUUACCAUCUUAUAUCUCGUCAUGAUCGGGAACUGCAAAAAUGGGAAUUAUGUGUACUGGAGCGAAUGUUUUCGAGGGAGCAAUACGAACACACGAUUGAUUAUGCUCGCUUUGUUGUUUAUCUUUUGGAUUAUCAGCAACGACAGGCACGAAAAGCACUGCAAAUUCGGGUUUUGAAACAUUUUCAACGAUUAUUUCGUCUUGAAAAGUCUAGAGCUGGCAUUGAAAAGCUAUUUCGCGAAAUUGAUGUGGACAAUAAAGGUUACUUUGAUACUGCAGAUUUAAAGACGUAUAUGAUGAAGAUAUUUGCUCGAAAAAGCAAGUUUGGGUUCCCAGAUGACGGCUGUAUUGCACUUUUGAGAAGUGUAGAUGCAGUAACUCCAGUGGUUACUUUUCUUGCUGAAACAAAGCUUGUGCACUUUCACGAUUGCUCCCCAACAAGCGAUAACUCACAAGUUGUUGUCACUUUUGAGAGAUUUUGGGAAAUUGCGCAUUUAAUACAUGCUGAUGAUUAG